AUGGAUUCAAUCUAUAACAAUGCUAAUCAAGAUUCAAUCUAUAACAAUGCUAAUCAAGAUUCAAUCUAUAACAAUGCUAAUCAAGAUUCAAUCUAUAACGAUGCUAAUAAAGAUUCAAUCCAUAACGAUGCUAAUCAAGAUUCAAUCCAUAAAGAUGCUAAUAAAGAUUCAAUCCAUAACGAUGCUAAUAAAGAUUCAGUCUACAUCGAAGCUAAUUGGAAAAUUCAUGAUGAAGAAAAAAAUAUCGAAAAAAAAUUGGUGGAUAAUGACAUAGCUGAAAUGAUAUCAGCUCAAAGAAGUGUCAUUGAUCCGCGAACUGGUGCUCUCAAUGUUACUGCAUACGAAAAUUAUAGUCCUGUAUAUAUAACCGCUCAAUAUGCCGCUUGUUAUGGCUAUUAUUUCAUUCAAAUUACCGCUACCCUUUGUCAUGUGAUACUAUUUCAUGGAAAGGAAAUUUGGAAUCGAUACAGAAAAACUCGUGAGGAAGAAGAGAAAGGCGAAUUUACCUUGGUGGGCUUUAUUACUGACCGUUUCUAUGGCUAUAAUCAUGGUACUUCCAAUAGGUAUAAUAUUAAUAAUCACUU